AAGAUGCUCUUCAGUACUAGAUUGACCAAGUUCAUGGUCAGGACGUUGAAGAAGAACCGAGAGCGUUUAGACAAACCAGUGUUCGAUUUGGUGUUAGAAUGAUUUAAAGUCCUCAAGAAAAAGUUAAUUAAAUUUAAAGAUUUUGUGUUUAAAGAAAAAUUAAAAUGGGGAUUCAAGUGUUUUUAUUGUGUAUUUUCGGAAUCGUUCCAAUUGUAAUGGUUGAUUCAGCUAAGUACGUGCCAAAAUGGAAAAAACAGGCUUGUGAAAUCCCGGCUUCGAGAAAUCCUCAUUCUCAUUACAUUUGCGACGACGACGGUGAAGUAAAAUGUCUUCCCGGUUGGAAUGGCGAUUUAUGCGACGUUCCCAAAUGUCGCCCAGGUUGUGAUCCACUUCAAGGAUAUUGUAAUCGACCGGGAGAGUGUCUUUGCAAACUCGGCUAUUACGGCGAAAAAUGUAACAAGUGCAUUCCAUUACCCGGAUGCCAACACGGUUAUUGUAACGUUAGUUUUGAGUGUAUUUGCCACGAAGGAUGGGAUGGGUUAUUUUGUUCAGAACCUACAUGUAGAUCGGAUUGUCAUCAAACUCGGGGUUAUUGUGAUAAUCCUGGGGAGUGUAAAUGUAGGUUGGGUUGGGCUGGGAAAACUUGCAGAGAGUGUCAGAUUUUGCCAGGGUGUUUAAAUGGGUUUUGUGAGAAACCUUUGGAAUGUAAAUGUCAUGAGGGAUAUACUGGAAUUUUAUGUCAAACACCGAUUUGUUCAAAAACUUGUCACAAAGAGCGAGGAUAUUGCAAGAAACCAGGUGAAUGUAGAUGUCGAGUUGGUUGGUGGGGAAAAGAUUGCGAUACCUGUUACCCAUAUCCAGGAUGUGUAAAUGGAAAUUGUACAAGACCAUGGGAAUGUAAUUGUUUACCAGGGUGGGGUGGAAUGCUUUGCGAUGAAGAGUUGAAUUUCUGCGAAGAUAACCCUAAAAUUUGCGAAAACGAUGGAAAAUGCCUCUCUUUGGGUAAAAAUCAAUACGAGUGUCUUUGCCCAGUUGGAACGUCAGGAAAAAAUUGUGAAGAAAAGAAAGUUAUUUCAACAACAGAAAAAAUAGUGGUAACUGAAGAAAUUAGCACGAUUCCUAACACUGGUGUAGAAGAUAUUCCGUUGGUUGAGGAUGAAAAAAAUAAUGUUGCAUAAAAUUAUUUAAAAAAAAAGCAUAAC